GCUCCUGUCCCCGGGCCCCCAGCCCACCUCUCUGCAGCUGCCUACCACCUCCACCUGCAUGCCAUGCAGCUGCCACCCUUUGACAUGUGGAAGGACUACUUCAAACUGAGCCAGGUGGUGUUGGCACUGAUCCAGAGUCGGGGGCAAGGGCCAGAGGCCCAAGGGACCGGGGAGCCGAGACCUGGGUCCCAGCUGGAGCAGCAUCCGGGGCAGGGAGGGCAGGGGGCCAGCGGGGUCCUGGCCGCCCUGUGCAACUUCUGCAAACACAAUGGAGAGUCCCGCCACGUGUACUCCUCGCACCAGCUGAAGACACCAGAGGGCGUGGUGGUGUGUCCCAUCCUGCGGCACUACGUGUGUCCCCUGUGCGGGGCCACGGGGGACCAGGCCCACACACUCAAGUACUGCCCGCUAAACGGAGGCCAGCAGUCUCUCUACCGCCGCAGUGGGCGCAAUUCGGCCGGCCGCAAGGUCAAGCGCUGAGGACCAUCAGGUGCCCACGCCCUGCACCCCCGCCAAGCCCUCCUGGUUCAAUCCUCC